UUGAAGACAUGCCACAUGUUUAUAAAAACAAAGUUAUUCUAUUUUCAUCUCGCGCAUGCACCUGUUAUGCUGCGGUAUGUCGGGACACACGUGGCUCCGCCCCUUGCACUUGUCCCUCACUUCUGAUUGGCUCAGCGGGAUCUCUAUGGUAAUUUCCGUCUAGCCUUGCACCUGACUCUUUCUUCACUCAAAGACGACCUCCAAGCAUCAGCUAUUUAUUCAACUUCCAAUCUCUGUGUUAAAAGAUAGCAGGACUGCUCAGAAGAAGAGAAAACCACUGACGAUGCCAAGAUCUUUCCUGGUGAAAAAGCACCUUAGCAACAAGAAGCCUGACUAUGCUGUGCUGCAGGACUCAAAAAAAUACGAGGUGAUGACAGAAUCUCCAAGCUCCAAACUCCGAACCCUGCAUCCCCAUCAAACCGUGUUUCCCGCCCCACAUCAUGUGAUCUCAGCACCGAUCGGCUCUCUCGAUUCAGGGAUGUACCUGCCUCCACAGCACCCGAGUGUGCCCAUGGACGGCCCGGUUCUGGCUUUCACUUACCCCGUGACGCCCAUCGCCCUGCGAGACGUGCAGCCUGUGCUCUCAACGCUAGAACCCUUCCAGCAUUCCCACAGUGACCCAGACGAAAAACUCACCGUGUCCCAAUUACAACCGGGCACCAGCGGUCAGGAGCGCCGAGACGGAUGUUUGGACUGCCAGAAAUCUUACUUUACCUUCUCUAGCCUGAGCAAGCAGAGGAAUCUACCCUGUGAGUGGCAGUGCCAGAAGUACUUCAGCUGUAAAUACUGCGAUAAAGAGUAUGUGAGUCUCGGAGCGCUGAAGAUGCACAUCCGAACGCACACGCUGCCUUGUGUGUGUAAGCUCUGCGGAAAGGCCUUCUCCAGGCCAUGGCUGCUUCAGGGACACAUUCGCACACACACGGGUGAAAAGCCGUUCUCCUGUCCGCACUGCACUCGCGCAUUUGCUGACCGGUCAAACCUUCGAGCGCAUCUACAAACCCACUCUGAGAUCAAGAAAUAUCAGUGUCGAAGCUGUUUAAAGACCUUCUCCAGAAUAUCACUCCUGUCAAAACACGAGGAAGCAGGCUGCUGCCCGAUGUCCCGAAGUUUAUACUGCCAAAGUCAAGACUGACAGAACGAAAUAAUCUGAUAUACAGACCCACAUAUACUGAAAAAUCAUAUGCUGUAUGCAACCUUAAAUAUUUUUCAAUGAAACCGUUUUAUGAUAGAUGUGAUGGAUUUUCAUGUUGAGAUUUUGUAAUGGAUAAC